UCCAACAAUAGAGAGCUGUCCAUCAAGACUAUUCAGCGGGUCGACAACUAACCCGAAGGCUGUAGAUCCAAUUCCGAUAUCAAAAAUUCUCAAAUCCAAAAACUUUUGAUUUUUUCCACACAAAAGAAAUCAAAUUCUUAAAUAUUAAAUUAUCAAUUUCAGAUCUCCUCUCAAUUCCUCUGUAAAUUCAAAAGAAUUUUUUCUUGUUGAGGAAAUGAUCGCAAUACCGUACUUGACAGCUUUAUCAACGUACUUUAGCUAUGGAUUAUUAUUUGCUUUCGGUCAAAUCAGAGAUUUCUUUCGUAAAAUUCUUGAUUGGUUCUACUCCAAUAAGAAUUUUCAGGGUUAUGCUCCAAUCUGUUUAGGACUUGAGGAUUUCUAUAUUCGUCGUCUGUAUCUUCGGAUUCAGGACUGCUUUGGGAGACCAAUAUCUAGUGCACCUGACGCUUGGUUUGACGUGGUUGAGCGUUACUCGAAUGACAAUAAUAAGACACUAAAACGAACCGAAAAAGUUAGCAGAUGCCUUAACUUGGGGUCCUACAACUAUCUUGGUUUUGCUGCAUCCGAUGAGUACUGCACUCCUCGAGUAAUUGAGUCAUUGAAGAAAUAUUCUCCUAGCACUUGUAGUACCCGGGUGGAUGGAGGAACAACAGCAUUGCACAAUGAAUUGGAGAAGCGUGUUGCAGAUUUUACUGGAAAGCCAGCAGCUAUAGUUUUUGGAAUGGGCUAUGUUACAAACUCUGCGAUACUUCCAGUCCUGAUGGGGAAGGGUAGUCUGAUUAUCAGUGAUUCCUUGAACCACAACUCUAUUGUAAAUGGUGCACGUGGAUCUGGAGCUACUGUACGUGUUUUCCAACACAACACACCCUAUCAUCUGGAAGAAGUCUUGAGAGAACAAAUUGCGGAUGGACAACCUAGGACUCACAGACCAUGGAAGAAAAUAGUUGUAAUUGUGGAGGGGAUAUACAGCAUGGAAGGCGAACUUUGCAAGCUUCCUGAGAUUAUAGCAAUUUGCAAAAAAUAUAAGGCAUAUACAUACUUGGAUGAGGCCCAUAGCAUUGGAGCAGUAGGCAAAACUGGAAGAGGAGUUUGUGAGCUCCUAGGAGUGGAUACUGCUGAUGUGGACAUCAUGAUGGGAACUUUUACCAAAUCAUUUGGCUCGUGCGGCGGAUAUAUUGCUGGAUCAAAGGAACUCAUCCAGUACUUGAAAUACACUUGUCCGGCCCAUCUUUAUGCAACAUCAAUCUCACCACCAGCAGCAGAACAAAUUAUAUCUUCUAUUAAAGUUAUUCUUGGGGAAGACGGCUCAAAUAGAGGUGCCCAAAAACUUGCCCGCAUACGUGAGAAUAGUAAUUUUUUUAGAUCAGAAUUGCAAAAGAUGGGCUUUGAGGUUCUUGGAGACAAUGACUCUCCUGUAAUGCCAAUUAUGCUUUACAAUCCAGCCAAAAUUCCUGCCUUUUCAAGGGAGUGCCUCAAAAAGAAUGUGGCAGUUGUGACAGUGGCUUUUCCAGCAACGCCAUUGUUGUUGGCUAGGGCACGCAUAUGCAUAUCUGCUUCUCAUACCAGGGAAGAUUUGAUUCAAGCUUUGCAGGUCAUUAGCGAAGUUGGUGAUCUUGUGGGUAUAAAAUACUUUCCAGCAGAACCAAACAAGCAUCAGGAAGAUGCAAAGAUUGUGAAGUUGGACUGAGUAAGAGUAACUAAUAUUCUUUACUUUGAUUAAUUUGUUGCUUGCAAGCAAGUGAAUAGGAGCAAGGAUUAAUGAAGCUGGACUAAGUACGUUGCAUUAUAUUUUUCUCUUGCCUCGGAACAAUUGGUAGUUGACCUUAAGUAUCAGCGCCUUUAUCAAAAGAUCCUACCAUUGGACUGUUAUACUUGCAGUGUAAGGUAUUUUCUUUCUUUAAGUGGAUCUAAGUUUUGCCUAUGACCCGCCGCUUACUGGAGCUUGUAUUUCCUUUAAUUUUAUCUUGUGAUUUUGUCCUCCUUUUAUGAUGAUAUGUACAUAUGUAGUUGUACUCUGAUUUAUGAUUUACAUUUGAAUUUGCAUUUGUUUUA